CAAAAAGAUGAGGCUAUGGGCAAGAUCCUUGAGCUUAAGACACAGCUAGACACCAAACAGACACUGGAAAUGGAGAUCCAGGAGCUGAAAGGCAAAUUACAAGUGAUGAAGCAUUUGGGGGAUGUUGGUACUGUCAGUGUUUCUGUCAAUGAAGUGGUCGACGAAGAGGAUGAGAAGCUGAAGAAGCUUAAAGGCGAGUGGGGAGAAGAGGUGCACGACGCUGUUAAAACAGCUCUGGAGGAAAUGGAUGAGUAUAAUCCAAGUGGUCGAUACAGCACCCCAGAACUUUGGAAUUUCGAAGCAGGAAGGAAAGCAACAUUGAAGGAAGUGAUUAGUUUCAUUUCCAACGAUAUGAAACCUGUGAAACGCAAAAGAACCUGAAGGAAGGAGGAGGAAGUAGAAGGAAUGGGUAAAGCGUUUAAGUCUUUUAAAAUAACUUAGAAUCAAGGAGCUUAAGUGAUGUAAAAUAAUC